AUGGCUAAUCAGGCUAAUCAGCCGCUGCAACUUUUUCCCCGUUGCUGCUAUGGUAAUCUCACACAAUCCCUCUCAAACCUAGAAAACCUAGCAAGGGUUUUUGGAGAAGAGAAAGCAGAGAAGCAGCUCUCGGCGAACCUCUUGAAGGUUCUGACAGUGGCUUUCAUUAGUAAAUUGGGGCAUGUAAUUAAACAGACUGUGAGCGGACGUGUUAAUGCUGAAUUGUCAGCAUCAAAUCCUUCUAUUUUCCAAGCCAUAAGAUGCAUGUCAUCUUCAAAACUCUUUGUUGGAGGUCUUUCAUAUAACACUGAUGACCAAGGCUUGAGAGAUGCCUUUACUGCUUAUGGGGAGGUUAUUGAAGCAAGAGUAAUCAUGGACCGUGAAACGGGCAGAUCUCGAGGCUUUGGCUUUGUUAGUUACACAUCUAGUGAGGAGGCUUCUUCUGCCAGUCAGGCUUUGGAUGGGCAGGAUCUUCAAGGCCGAAGGGUAAGAGUGAACUAUGCAACAGAUAGGGCAAGAGGAUUCCGCAGUGGUGGUGGUGGCGGCUAUGGCGGUGGUGGCUAUGGUGGUAGUGGUGGUGACUAUGGCGGUGGAGGCUAUGGCGGCAGUGGUGGUGAUAACAGCUAUGGAAGUGGAGGGGGCAGCUAUGGUGGUUCUGGAGGCAGUGGUUUUGGUGGUACUGGCAACUAUGGUGGUGGUGGCGGUGGAUAUGGCAGUGUUGGAGGCUAUGGUGGUGGAAGCAGUUUUGAUGGUGGAGAUGUUGCUGGCAAAUGGCAGCAGUGCCGGUAG